AUGCCGCUCUGUCUCACCUUCAUCGACUUGAAGAAAACCUUCGACUCAGUUGAGACAGAAGCGGUCGUGGAAGCCUUGGACAACCAAGGCAUCUCUAUUCAGUACAUAAAGGUACUUCGAGAGUUGUACAGUAACUUCACGACCGGAAUGUCGCCAUUCUACAAGAAUAACAUCAUUGACGUGAAGAGGGGAGUCCGACAGGGUGAUACAAUCUCACCCAAAAUAUUAAUAGCCACCCUUGAGAACGCAAUGCGAAAGUUGGAAUGGGACGACAUGGGAGCGAAGGUUGAUGGUCAGCAGCUACACCAUUUGCGCUUUGCUGACGACAUUGUACUGAUAACACCUAGCAUCAGCCAAGUGGAACGAAUGCUGACCGAAUUUGACGAAACAUGUGGAUGCAUCGGUCUUCAGCUGAAUCUGCAAAAGACGAUGUUCAUGCGCAACGGAUGGAUCUUGGAUGCCCCAUCCUCGCUUAACGGAAGGAACAUAUCCGAAUGCAGCUAUGUUCAUCUGGGUCAGGAAUUGAACAUGAUGAAUGACCUGACCUCCUAG